AUGCUUUCACUAAAGCAGGCGUCAGUGCGGGCAGCGCCGUGCAUUGCCUCUCCAAUCUCAACUUCCGUCCUGCGGCAUUCCAUCUAUCCCGGUGCUUUAUUUUCAACUCGCAAUGCCUCGACAGCCGUUGCAAGACAAGAACAUGCCAGUUCUCAACUUACAGCAACAGGCAAACCGCGAAGAGAAGUUCCUCUACCGAGCCAGGAGAAGAAGGGUGGCGCGAUGCAAUUCGCAUUGACAACCCUCGACCAGGUCACCAAUUGGGCACGGCAGAGCUCGUUAUGGCCAAUGACUUUCGGGCUAGCUUGCUGUGCCGUGGAGAUGAUGCAUUUGUCGACUCCUCGCUAUGACCAGGAUCGACUGGGUAUUAUUUUCCGAGCCUCUCCGCGACAAUCGGAUGUGAUGAUCGUGGCCGGAACGUUGACCAACAAAAUGGCACCGGCAUUAAGGCAGGUUUAUGAUCAGAUGCCUGAUCCUCGCUGGGUUAUCAGCAUGGGAAGCUGUGCAAAUGGAGGUGGCUACUACCAUUACAGCUACUCAGUCACAAGAGGCUGUGAUAGGAUAGUGCCAGUUGACAUAUAUGUUCCCGGCUGCCCACCAACUUCAGAAGCUCUUAUGUAUGGGAUUUUCCAACUACAAAAGAAGAUGCGACACACCCGAAUUACUCGAAUGUGGUACCGAAAGUAA